GCUGGGACAGAAAGAUUCCAGAGGUCUCGCCUUCGCUUCCCCCCCCCCCCCCGCUCCCCCUCCUCGCCUCGCUCUCCCUCUCUCCGCUCUGCGUCGGCGGGAAGAAUUUCCUUUUUAACUCGCUUUCCCCUUUUGGAAGGAGCCCUGAUCGGCAUUGCUUGGGCGGGUGGGGGGCGAGAAAGAAGGAUCGCGCCCCUCCAUUCCGCCUGCACAUCUCCCGGAGCUGAGCUUCAGAUUCCUUUUUUCCCCCUUUGCCCCCAUGCUUUGCUGGGCAGGAGGGUAAGGGGGGCUUUCUCUCUCUCUCUCUCUCUCUCUCUCUCAGCGCUGCUGACCCCCUCCGCCCGCCCCAGGCGAAGAGCUUCACCGGCGCCGGAAAGCCGUGGGUACGCUGGCGGAGGGGGGGUGGGGUGGGGGACGACGACGAAGGAACGCGGGUAAGAGGAUUUCUGUCUUGUCUGGAUUGCAUUGCGGCUGUUGUUCCACCAAAGGUGGGGGAGAGGAUCCUGCUUCCCCUCCACCCUCCUCUCACACCCUGCCGGAUCUUACUUCGAACCUCUUGCGAGCAACCGAGAGCCAGCGCUGGGCUGGAAAGGAUGGUGAUACCUUGAGGUCUAGGAUGCUGGCGGCCUCUUUUUAAAAAAAAAAAAGCCGGAGAGAACACCAACCUUUCCAAGACGACGGCGAGGAAGCAGCCGGUUCUCCCCUCCAGGACCUUGAUUUUCGUGCCCGGUUUGCCCCCCGUUCCCUCCUCGCCCUUCUGGUUUUGCCUUCGGGAUUGUGCCGCACCGCAGCAUCUUCCAAGCUGGAGCACCAUGGAGCUGGAGAACAUUGUAGCCAAUACAGUUUUACUGAAAGCCAGAGAAGAUGCAUCCUACAGUAGCUGUUAGACAGAACUUUGCCUGAGCUUCUAGAAAGCUGCUUCUGUUUGACUGAUCCAGAUAAGCAAAUAAACAGACCUGCAACAAGGAAUCUAACCCCGUAAAAUUAAUCUGCAAAGAUAAUUGGAAGAGGUGGAGGGAAACGGAAAGGAAGGAGCAAGAAGUGGAGAGAGAUCCUCAAGUUCCCACACAUCAGCCAGUGCGAUGAGCUCCGGAAAGGGUUGGAACGAGAUUACAACAGUUUGUGUGACAAGCAACCCAUUGGCCGACUGCUAUUUCGACAGUUUUGUGAGACUCGGCUGGAACUCCUACGGUGUAUCCACUUCCUGGAUGCUGUGGCAGAAUAUGAGCUUUCUCCAGAUGAGAAACGCAAGGAAAUGGGAGAAGAAGUCAUUCGGCAGUUUUUCAACAAGGAGUCCCUGGGCUAUAUGGAAGAAAUUUGUGAACUACUUAUGAACCAGUGCAUAGAAGACCUACAGAGAAGCCCUUGCAAGGACCUCUUUGGCAGCUGUGUACAGCGGCUGCAUGAAUACCUGGGUGGUGCCCCAUUCACAAAUUACCAGGACAGCAUGUAUUUUGACAGAUUCCUUCAGUGGAAAUACUUGGAAAGGCAAUCCGUGACCAAAGACACCUUCAGGCAAUACCGGAUCCUAGGCAAGGGAGGCUUCGGAGAGGUUUGCGCAUGCCAAGUACGUGCUACAGGGAAAAUGUACGCUUGCAAAAAGCUGGAGAAGAAGCGCAUCAAGAAGCGGAAAGGGGAAGCAAUGGCUCUGAAUGAGAAGCAGAUCUUGGAGAAGGUCAAUAGCCGAUUUGUGGUCAGUUUGGCUUAUGCGUAUGAAACAAAGGAUGCUCUGUGCCUGGUCCUCACAAUCAUGAAUGGAGGUGACCUGAAGUUUCACAUCUACAACAUGGGCAAUCCAGGUUUUGACAAUGAGCGGGUCAUCUUCUAUGCUGCAGAGAUUUGCUGUGGCCUUGAACAUUUGCACCGUGAGGGCAUUGUUUACAGGGACUUAAAGCCAGAGAACAUUCUCCUGGAUGAUGAUGGGCAUAUACGGAUCUCAGAUCUGGGGCUGGCCAUUAAGAUCCCCGAAGGUGACACCAUCCGUGGCCGUGUAGGAACUGUGGGCUACAUGGCUCCUGAAGUAAUUAACAAUGAGCGCUACUCCUUCAGCCCAGACUGGUGGGGGCUUGGCUGCCUCAUCUAUGAGAUGAUCGAGGGCCAAUCACCAUUCCGGGCCCGCAAGGAACGGGUGAAGAGGGAAGAGGUAGAAAAGCGGGUUCAGGAGGACCAAGAACAGUAUUCAGACAAGUUCUCUGAAGAUGCCCAAGCCAUCUGCAAGUUGCUCCUAACUAAAGACCCUAAGCAGCGGCUCGGAAACAAAAGUGAGGGGGCCGUCCAGGUGAAACAGCACCCGUUCUUCAGGACAAUCAAUUUCAAGCGACUGGAAGCUGGAAUUAUGAAGCCCUCAUUUGUGCCAGAUCCUCGGGCUGUGUACUGUAAGGACGUACUGGACAUUGAACAAUUCUCCACUGUGAAGGGUGUCAACUUAGACCAAACCGACAAUGACUUCUAUGCCAAAUUUGCCACAGGUUGUGUCUCAAUCCCCUGGCAGAACGAGAUGAUCGAGACAGAAUGCUUUAAGGAUCUCAACAUCUUUGGACCAAAUGGCACCCGAUCCCCGGAUCUGGAUUGGAAGCAGCUCCCUGACCCACCCAAGCGUAGCCUCUUGCAGAGGCUCUUCCGGCGUAACCCAAGUGACUUCACCAUCAGCACCAACGUACAUUCCAACCUGUCGGCAGCCCCUUCACCAGCUUGGCCCAUGGCACAGGCUCCCUCCUGACCUCUGGAACUAGCACUCAUCCUUUGCCUUCUCAGGGUUGCCUUAGGCUGAUGUAUGGAAUCCCUGUCUUGGGCCAGGCUCUGUUACUGCUGGGAGCUGAAGAAACACAGCCUUCCAAUCAGCAGGGCAGCAAUGGUCCAGAAGACCUUUGCCACCUCCUGGUGCUGAUGUGGAUUGGGGGCAUGGAGACUCUUCUUGUCCAGAACCUUGGCUGCUGAUUCUUGACAGGGUCUUCCUUCAUCUUUCUGUAUUUUGACUGCACAGGGAGCAUCCAUGGCUGUCCCCCAUUUUCUUUGUCUCAUCACCUCCUGACCCAACUUUCAUGGGAGAUCAACUGGGGAGAUGUACCUGAGAAGGAAGGGUUUAAAAACAGAAAGAACUACCAAUGACACCUGGAGAUGGCAGAGAUGAGGGCUGGAGUCUUAAACUGGAGAGAAAAAGAGAAUGCACAGCUUGGACAAAAUUGCAAUGGGGAUGAGAAAGACUCCCCAUUCUUGCAUUGGCCUUUCCGGAGACUGGUGGAUAAGUGUGCGUUGGUUUGUGCAUGGAUGUGUAUUGAACGGUUAUAGCUCCUUGGAGUUCAUUCAGGGUUUUUCCAGGGAUCUCUCCCACCCACACCAUCAAUCAUACAGCCUGGGGCCAUUGCAAAGCCAGAACAUGGAAGACAAAGAAAGUUGAAGAGCAAUUGGUUGCCUUUCUUUUAGGACAUCAUUUCUUGGCUGGUCAUCCUCUAGCUGUGCUGGAUUGUCCAGCACCUCUCAUCCUUCAGCAAUACAGCCUUUAGACCAGAUUGCUGGGCAGGGUCAACUGGAAUCCAGGACAUGUGGAAAUCCCCAGAUGCAGAACGCUGCUUUAGAGGCACUCAACAGGAAAAGACAGAGAGGUGAGAUGGAUGACAUCUCAGGCUGCAUAAAGGCUUCCGUGUUCCCAAACCCUGACUUUAACCUCAACCUGCAGUGUUGAAGAUAUAUUUUUUUAAUCCUACAUAUUUUAAUUUUUAUUACAAUUGUUUCCAUAGGCCUGCUAUUCAUUUAUUUUAUUUCCUUUCCUUUCUGUCUCUGUAUUUCCCCUGUUCUCACAUGAACUUUCCUUUUUCUCUUUAUGCCACCCAGCCUAAUUGGUUCCUGCUGUAUUAAAGCAGAUGCAGGGCCUACCUUGAUUGUGAUUCUAUGCUCAAGUACGAUAGAACCAGGUAAUUUCAUCCCAUUGGUUCCCAAAAACAUGGUUCCAUUGGUUCCAACAUCCAAAUGGGAUGAUAGUGAAAAGACCGACUGCAGGUGGAGAAUUGUCUUUUAAAACCCUCCUCUACAUUGGAAAAUAAAAACCUCUCUGUAAGUAGAAAAGCAGAAUAAGACUGGGUUAAAGUUUUAACCCAUAAUAUUCUGGGUUUCUACUUUCAAAGAGAGUCCACCCUACCCCAAGCACAAGGGUCAAGUGCAUUGGGUCUAUUUUAAUUUUUGCCCUAGGCUGGGGCAGGACUAAUACAAAAGUAAAUGAAGCCAACCAAUUUGAGCCAAAGGCUUAGCAAAAUAAAGAACAGGGUGUUUUUAGAAAAAGAAUGGAAUUUGAGGUUACAGCCUUGUCUUUUUUUUUUUUAAUUUGCAUUUAUAUCCCGCCCUUCUCCGAAGACUCAGGGCAGUUUACACUAUGUCAAGCAAUAGUCUUCAUCCAUUUGUAUAUUACAUACAAAGUCAACUUAUUGCCUCCAACAAUCUGGGUCCUCAUUUUACCUACCUUAUAAAGGAUGGAAGGCUGAGUCAACCUUGGGCCUGGUGGGACUUGAACCUGCAGUAAUUGCAAGCAGCUGCUGUUAAUAACAGUCUGCAUUAGUCUGUUGAGCCACCAGAGGCCCUGGUCUUGACUUUUGAUUACCCCAAUGCAGUGGCCCUCAACCUUUUGGGCACCAGGAACUGGUUCCGUGGAGAGAGGUUUUUCCACGGACCAGAGGGAGUGGGGUUUCGUGUGCUGCCUGUAUCCCGUGGAUGGGGCUUUGCUUGUUUGCGUGGCCCGGUUUCUGGCAUGCCACGGCCCAGUGUUGGUCCAUGGACCGGGGGUUGGGGACCCCUGCUCUAAUGUGCUUCAUUUCAGGAAAAAAAAGGAUCAUUUUGUUGCUGCUAUUGCUAAAUAAUUGGAAAUCCCUGUUGCUUCUUUUCUUUGAAAAUGAUAGCAAUGAUGAUGCAGAGAGAAAUGCACAGGGAGAGGAUUUCUCUUUAGGUUUAGAGAAGAAGUAAGAGAAGGGAAAAGGACAAGUGUGGAGGCGGCAGGGAAGACUCACCAUAGGAAACUUUGUCCCCAAAUUUCUCCAAACCCAAACAGGAAACAGGGCUCUGGAGUUGUGUUGAGGAACAGUGUGGAGGUUACGAUACUUAUAGCUCUCCAGAGGCUGGUGGAGCACAACUCUCAGCAUCUCUUACCUUAGCCCUUCCUAGGUGGCCCUGGUGGAAAUGGUCAUUUAACAACUUCUGGACAGCUAUAGAUUUUCUACUUCCAAACAGGGUUUUCUUUAGCUUCUAAUACAUCUACUCUAGUGCUCCAGUUUGACUCUGUUUCCCACCUCCGCUUCUCUUCCAUUUGUUUUUUAUGAUCAUAGGAAGCUCUAAAGCAGAGGUCUCCAACCUUGGCAACUUUAAGACUUGUGGACUUCAACUUUGCUGGCUGAGGAAUUCUGGGAGUUGAAGUCCACAAGUCUUAAAGUUGCCAAGGUUGGAGAGCCCUGCUCUAAAGCAGGGCUCUCCAACCUUGGUCCCUUUAAGACUUGUGGACUUCAACUCCCAGAGUCCCUCAGUCAGCAAAGCUGGCUGAGGAACUCUGGGAAUUGAAGUCCACAGGUCUUAAAGUUGCCAAGGUUGGAGAGCCCUGCUCUAAAGGAUAGGACAAUAGAUCUAUGGACAAAGCUGCAUUACUUUCAGGCUGCCAGUAUGUGAUGCUCUUCCACUGAUUUCUGUGGCUCAGGCUGAGACUGAAACAAUGCAUCCGUUUCUAAGAUAAUUGUAGGGAACUUCCCAAAUUCUGAGGUUCUCCCUCCAACCCCAUCAACACAUUGCAAAGGUCAGGGGAAGAUAGAUCUAUUUUUACUCAGAAUUCCUUCUCUAUCUUAUCGCUUGGCUGUUGUGUGACCUGCUGAGGGAAGGGCUUGCUCUCAGCCUGGUGCUUUCUUUUUUUUAAAUAGGCAGAGAAGUCCUUGGAGUAAGGGAAGACUUUCUGGGUGAAAUAUCAGGGAAACUCUGUAAGCCGGUUUCUUGGCAGUCAGACUUCAGUGUGGGAAUUGCCCUCUGAUCCUCCAGCGGCAGGUGUAAAAAUUUGGGCUCACCCCUUGACAAGCCAAACCCCAAUGAGCAGCUUGACCCAAGCAGUGAAGCUUGUCUGUUCCUCAGAUCCCAAGUUUUAGCAAGCCCCGUCUAGAAAGUUUGAUUUCCUUAAGGCUCAACUCCUUAAGGAAGACUAAAGACCAGAGGCUGUCUUUGAGAGAGAGAGAAGGGAGAAGUUGGGGCCUUCCUCUUGUGCAAAUGACAUCAUGCUGAUAUUUUGGAUGGAUGCCUGAUUUUUAAUAACUGUAUGGUAGGAAAAAGGUCCACUAGUGCAGGGGUCUGCAAACUUGGCUGUUUUAAGACUUGUGGACUUCAACUCUCAGAGUUCCUCUCAGAGACUCUGGGAGUUGAAGUCCACAAGUCUUAAAACAGCCAAGUUUGCAGACCCUUGCACUAGUAGAACCAGGAAGAAAUUGCAAUCUUUGUCUCUGGGUGUGAUUGUUUAAAAACUGGAUCAUAGUCAAGGAAAUAGAGACUUCUUUUAAUGCCCAAAGUAAACAACUGAGCUUCCUGAGCUGUUGGCAUUUUUCCACCUCGUUACUUUUGCUUCUUUGGAAUCUCAGUUCCUUCUCUAACGUCAGUUGCCCCUCACUAAAUCUGUAGCAUGAAGAUUUGUUUUAAAACAAAAAACAAUCUCAGUUAGUGGAAAAAGUAAAUAGGUAUGAAAUCUUGGUACAGGGUUCACAUACCCACUUUGCAUCGUUGCUCUGCCCACUAGGAGCCUUCCAAAAACAUAAGUCUACACCUGCCCCCUGAAAGUUGCCUGCUUUUGUCCAGGAGCCUGUCUAAUGCCACUUCACUAUAAGGUCAAACGAGAUGUUUGCAAAGAGAAGGAAUCACACAGGCGGUUGCGUGGCUUUGCAUAGGGAAAACACACGGCAGCAAACGGGGCCAAGCUUCCUCUCCACCUUCCAUUUCUGGUCAAAAGCUGACUCUCCAUCUGUGGACUAUUCCACAAAGCUGCCUGCAUUGCCAUUAGAAAACAAAUGCAGAGUGAGGAUCCCUCUUUUUCUUAUAUAUUUAAAAAGAGAACGAUUUCUCUUUCUUAAUAUACAAUUCAACUCCAGAAAUUAAGUGAUUCCUUCCUCCCCUGACCAAUUUUCCAUGUGGGCUGAUGGAUCCUUAUUUGCUUCCUGAAAGAGAUUGGAUUGGCUUCUUAGGAGGAUCGUGUAAACCAAUCCAAAGAAGUUCCAAGCUGAAGAGGUUGACAUACGAAGAAAUGGAUUUGGAUUGGUUUGACUUUCAAGAACAGAGGUUCUAGAAAGAACUCCUCCUCUAAUAUUAACAGAUCAGGCAGAAAAUGGUCCAGGUUGCUGUAAAGAGCUAUGGGCAGGCUUCAUGCCAGAUUGGGUAUGAAUUGAUGACAAAAUGGAACACCCCAAGGGGAAACUUGGAUCGAGCCAAUUAACUCCUUUGUUGAGCCUUUAUCAGCAGUCUAAAGCAGGAAGGUCUACCAUAAUGGGAGAGGUUAGACUAGAUAUCUUCGAUCUUUCUUUCUGCUCUGACUAAAUAGUGUAUCCCCUCUGCCAUGUUUUGACAGUAUACUUGAGGCAGGGGGCAUGGUGCUCAUACUAGAAGACAUGCAUAUUUCCACAUGAAUGAAGACCAUUCCAAAUCCGGCAUCUUUGAGCAGACGUGAUGGGCUCCAAUAAUGACCUAGCCAUAGCCUGCUCCCCUCUUAAAGACGCAAAAGAUUCCAUUGCCCAAAUGGCUUUGUACAAGCAGUCCUCAACUUAUAACCACAACUAGGACCAGAAUUCCUAUUGCUAAGCAAGGUGCUUGUUGAAUGAGUCAUUGCCCAAUUGUAUAGCCUUCUGUGCCUCAGUUCUUAAGCAAACUUGGCUUCCCCUAUUGAAUUUAGUCAUUGGAAGUUGGCUGGGAAGGUCCAAAGUAGUGAUCAUGUGACCCAAGGAUGCUACAACAGUCAUAAAUGUAGGCUGGUUUCCGACCACCUGAAUUUUGAUCAGGUAACCAUGGGAUGUUGCCACUAUUCUAAGUAUGAGAACCAGUUGUAAAUUACUUUUUUCAGCACUGUUGUAACUUUGAACAGUUGCUAAAUGGAGAUAAGUAGAGGACUACCUAUAGGAUUUCCACUGCCUAUAGAAGGAAAGGCUAUCUCAGGAGUAAUAGAAUUGGAAGGGACCUUGGAGGUCUUCUAGUCCAACCCCCUGCUUAGGCAGGAAACUUUAUACUAUUUCAGACAAAUGGUUGUCCAAUUUCUUCUUAAAAUAUCCAGUGUUGGAGCAUCCACAACUUCUGGAGGCAAGUUGUUCCACUGAUUAAUCAUUCUCACUGCCAGGAAAUUUGUCCUUAGUUCUACGUUGAUUCUCUCUUUGAUUAGUUUCCAUUCAUUGCUUCUUGUCCUGCCUUCAGGUGCUUUGGAGAACAGCUUGACCCCCUCUUUUUUGUGGCAACCUCAUUAAUCCCCACCUGACCCAUUGUACAAGAUUUUGGAGAUCCUGUGAAUUGAAAUAGUAGCCUCUCUUGACAUAUUGAUUCCUACUAUUCCUCCAAAAAUUUAACUGAUAGAAAGGGAAUUGAUUCUAUAGAUGGGUCAUCCAAUGAACAGUGUUUAUAUCAUUUCAUGUUAAUUCAGUCUAUAAAAUCAAUUACAGGUUGAGUGGGGCUUGGUCCAAAAUAGGUAAGCUGCUGCUGGGCUCUAAUUGGCCACAUAUUGCGAGCCCUCUGCUAAACCCCUCUUGGCUCAAUCCCCAUCACAUACUUUAUUGCAGACCUCUUUCUCAUGUACACAUACCUACAGAGAAGGAAUGGGUGAAAAAAAUACAACUUUCAGCCAAAAUCAGGAGGAGAAGGAAAGAGGAAAAUAUCUGAAAUUGUGAACGCACAUCUUGCUAUGCCAUUGGCAACUUCAACUCCCAGAAUUCCCAGCUUUGCUGGCUGAGAAAUUCUGGGAGUUGAAGUCCACAAGUCUUAAAAGUUGCUGUGCUAAGCCGUAACAUGACUGGCUGGCUUAGAGUUUAGUGUAAUGUGUGUUUGCAGGCAGGUGUAGCUUAUUGAAUAAGUUGUGGUUGUACAAUGGCCUGGUAUGAUGGGUGAAUCUCAUUUAGGUGAGAACCUCCAAAUGAACCAAAUAGGAAGAAACGUGAAUGGACUAUGAGCAGAAUAUGAAGGAAUUGUUGCCUUCUCAGUCUGAGAAGAACAAAAGGAGGAAUUAUUCUGUGGGUCUAGUGAUCCUCUUGACUUCAGACCCUUAACACUUCUUUUGUAUUUUCCCUUUUCUUUGUACAUCCGUGUUGUUGGGGUUGGUCUAAUGUUGGCUUUUUAUUUCUUUCUCUCUCUUUUUACACCGCUCGUUUCUGAUUCUGGAGCAUUUGGGCUGACUUCUCGGGUUUUUAUUUUGUACAUUUGUAAAUAUUUGUAUGUUGAAUGUUUGGAUGUAUAUUUUUAAACUUGAAAAAGCUGCAAGCCAAGCCAUGUUUGGAAAGGUGCCCCUAAUGCAUCGGGUUUUUUUUUUUAAUUGGGAAUACGGAGGGAGGUGGGAGGAGAGAAAUGAAUCAAAACUUAUUAUAAUAUAAAGUCCCUAUUCCAGUCAAAGGAAGCCAGAGCAGAGAGGGGGAAAAUUAUCUCAGUGAGUCAACUGGGAUUUCUGUUCCUCCCAAUUUUAAAAUUUCAUAUGGUAUAUAUGUACUACAGUUGCUGUUUUUUCUUGUUACUUAUUCCCAGGGCUGUGUGUAAUCUGCACUGAAUAAACAUAUACACCAAAUCUCCACCAAAACGAGUUGCAUUCUC